AGAAGCCAAUUCUUUCAUUUAGUUCUCUGAUAAAAUUCAAAAGCUGAUUCAUACAUAGUUUGAAUAUAAGGUGUUAAUUUUGAUAGGAGAUUUUUAAGGGAGACCUCACAACAUCCAGCGAUUUCAGAUACUGUAGGCAGAUUGAUUCCUCCCUUGUCUUUGAAUACGAAAUCUCCAGUUAGUUUAACCAAAACUGAGGCUAUGACGUGCUCAUGUUCUCCUUAAACCAGGUGCAGAUUCUUUAAAUGGGAAUAGAAGAAUCUGCAUAAAGUUUAAAAUUUCUGAUUAAAACCUAUGCAUGUACAAAUUCUAAUCAUGAAAGCUAUUGUAAAGGCAUCUUCGUUGAAUGGUUUAAUUAAAUUCAAUUGAAUUAAGAUCUUGCGAACUUGCUUCUCGUCCAC